CAUUCCUCGUACAAUGGAGGGUGUCGCAUGAUUACACCGAUCCCUUCUGCCCUCACACUGAGGACAGGUAUUGGUCAUACAAUAGUCGACAAUGCAUAGGACGGGCGAAGAACAUGUCGCUAACUUGGUCGUUACAGGCUUUGCUGGUGCGUCAUGAGGCCUACAUGGCUGAUGCUGUGGCAGACCGAUUGAAUCUAACGGCGCAAAUUGAGCGGCUCGAAGGCGAGAAGAAAGAGCUGGAGGCCAGCAAUGCAAGAAUAAUAGAGGAAAACAAAGGCUUGACGGAGCAGCUGGAAGGACUUAACGCAGCCGUGAUCGAAUCGGACGCCCAGAUUAAAACCCUGACCGAAUCUCUCGAGGAAUCGCAGCAAAAGCUCCAAAAGCUGAGCCGCCUAGCCGCUCGCGCUGAACGGCUGGAAAUCCAAGUGACUACCUUCGACCAAGGUCAAGCGGAAAUGCAGCAAAGGCUGGCGCUGGCCGAGGAAGAUGGAAGAACAGCAGUGCAGCGGUGGAAGCAAGCAGAGCGGACUCUGCUUUCGCUACAUGACCAAAUCGAGAGGAUUGAAACCGAGGCUAGGGAAGAGCGAGAACGACAUGAGGAGAUCAUCGAGCGCAUGGAACGCAGGCGGGCCGUUGAGCAGGAAUUGGUGGACGCGGCUGGAAGGCUCAAGAAUAAAGCGGUUGUGACCGCUGUGGAAAGGGACCAUGGUGGAGGUAAUGCUGUCUCCCACUUUGUCAAAGAUAUCCUGCAGGAUAACGCGAACCUGCAGCUGGGCAUCGUCGAGCUUCGCGAAAUGUUGAUCAACUCGAACGAAGAGAUUACGAACCUCCGCGAACAAUUACUCCUCCAUCAGCCAGAGCUCCCAAACGGUGGGGCACAACGACGAUCAGGAAACUUGCUCGAAGAGCUUGGCUCAGAAGCGCCUAGGAGUCUGUCACAAGAACUUCAUGUACAUCACCAUUACCACGCAGCAUCUCGUAUGCCCGACACGUCGAGGCAACGUUCCGUUCAUCGCAAGCCAAAAUCGAAGCGCACUCCCACGAAUCCCGCUUCGCAUACGUCGCCUUCCUCAGCUCGCAACGCUCGCGCGUAUACCUUUAAAUCAAUUAGGCCGUCGCCUCCGUCGACUGCGGCGGCCAUUCUCUCGCAUACUUCCGUCUCCAUCCCCCCCGCACCCCCCGCACCGCAUCGAUGGUCUGUGCAAUCUGCGCAGUCUCGUUCUUCCAUUGCUGCCUCGUCUGUCCCGAGUUCCCCUCAGUCGAUGUUGCAUUCGUCAUCUAUUUUUGAGCGUGCCUUUAAUGACAAUGCGGCUGAUUCUUCAAGGCCGACCAGCCCUGAAAGCAAUGGUGUCAUGUCUCCAGGGUUCUUACCGCUCCAUAAGAAGAGGAAUUCGGAUGCUUCCUUUAGGUCUUUCUCGACACCCGCCAUGUCACAUUUUCGAAGGCCGUCUUCUGCCCUACUGCCUGGCGAUUUACCCCCUGCAGUGGACGAAGCUGAUUUUCUUGAAACUGCUGGACCAGUCGGUCUUGCCAUCUCAGAUUGCGGUCAUUCGACUAUUGCCGAAGAAGAAGACUUGGAAGGCGGAGAUGCUUGCGGGAAGGGCGACGGCAGUACUUCGAGAGAAACCCUACGGACGAAGGGAAAUGAUAUCGAUGAAAUGCAUGAGGUAACAUUGAAUCAUGACGACAUGAUGGGAAAUCCUCUCUCACCAAGUGAUGACUUGGCUCUUCCAAAGAGUCAUAGACCCUUGCUGAGGCGAGCGGCUUCGCAUGAGAGCUUACUUUCUCUAUCAACAGCUGUUGAUAUCCCAGCCGGCCAACGUCGUGGGUCGCAGUCGAUAGCGACUAGCUAUGGUUUUCCAUCAAGUCUAAGCUUUGGUAUUUCUUCUCCAUCGGCGGCUUUGGCCUCGAGCAGGCCUGUCCUCAGCUCCAUGACUGCAACGGCUCGUCCGACGAUGCCGCAGCGAGGCUAUAACAGCAGCAUGUACAACCGUACUCUUUUGUCAGGUUCAUACCGCGACACUGUUGGCAAGCGCAGUGUGUCUGCAGAGCAAGUUCCUCGAGCACCGCUGGGAAAACGCCUUGGCGGAUGGGUCUGGGGAAAAUGGGGCACAAACGCGCCCUCCUCUGAAAACAAUCGCACCCCAAACCCUCAUGCCUCGCGGGCUACAGGCGUCAACCAACCUGGUCGUAUCAUAGGAUUAGCGCCGCCGGCUGCAUCAAAAGGAGCUGGGGCUAUUGUUACAUCUGAGCUUGACGAAGAUUUGCUGAAGGAGACACUUGCCGAAAUCACAUAGCAGUUUCAUGGGCUGCGAGUCAUCUUGGGAAUAACUGGCAUUUUUGGUAGCGGUUUGCUUAUGAUUUUUGAUGAAUUCUUGCAUUUCUUGACUAGGAUUGGAGUUUCAAAAGGAGUUAAACUGGGCACAGCUUUUUAGGCCUUUCUAGAUUCCCAUUACUGCAUCUCUUCUUUGUGUGUCUUUUCGCUGUUAAUGUUUUACUCAUAGAUAUGAAUUACCUGAGAUAUUCUGCUAAUGUUAAUUCAGUCAUGCACAGAGCACAUUGGUCGUGAUUUGUUCGUUCACUUUUGUUUUCUAUUUUAGGCUUUACCGUGAUAUUUCUAUGUUUGUUGUUUACUUGCAUUCACUUUUCUGUUGCUACGCCUCAUGUUUGUGUCUCCUAUUUCUCACCCAACUCGAUUCUCCGUCUGCAUCCUCUCCUACUGCUCUCAUCAAAUGCAGGCUUCAGUUGUUCGGCUCCACCUUUCUCACACUCU